CACAGAGUAGAGUGCAUGGAGGAGUAAAGAGAAAAACGCGAACGCACCUUCCCGGCCGCCGUCGUGUCUCCGGCGCUUUCCUUGACCCGCUAGUUUCUCUGACUUUCCUUCCCACUCCUGCGCAGCUCCUGAUUUUCUUCUCCCUCCCUUCUCCACGCCUGUCUUCUGGUCGACAUGUCGGAGUACAACGCGGUGCCGCCACCCGGACCCGGAGCCCCUCUCGGCGGGCAGGCAGCUCUCGGUAAUGGAGCGGGAGGCAUCAAGAAAGAUGCGUUCGCGGACGCGGUGCAGCGGGCCCGGCAGAUUGCAGCUAAGAUCGGAGGUGACGCUGGACCACCCAUGAACAACAACACUGCAGCAGAUAGCUUUCCAUUCACUGCACAGAAACGACAGCUGGAGGAUGCAGAUGAACCCGAAAGCAAGAAGCUGGCUGCACAGAGUGACUUGGAUUCAGCCAAUGCAUUGUCCAUUGGUGCCCAGCUAGCUGCUCUUGCACAACAAAGACCCACUUCCAACACAGAGGAAUACAGUGUACCAGACAGCAUGGUGGGACUCAUUAUUGGCCGCGGAGGUGAACAGAUCAAUAAGAUUCAACAGGAGUCAGGCUGCAAGGUUCAGAUAGCUCCAGACAGCGGAGGACUUCCAAACAGGAGCGUGUCUCUCACAGGUUCCCAAGACUCCAUAGAGAAUGCCAAAAGGCUGUUGGAUGAGAUAGUGUCACGAGGGAGGGGCACACCUCCUUCUUCCUAUCAUGAGUCCACCAACGGGCAGAACGGCACGGUGCAUGAGAUGAUGAUACCAGCUGGCAAGGCUGGGCUAGUCAUUGGAAAGGGUGGAGAGACCAUCAAACAGCUUCAGGAACGUGCAGGUGUGAAGAUGAUCCUGAUCCAGGACGCCUCUCAGGGACCCAAUGUCGACAAGCCCCUGCGCAUUAUAGGCGAUCCCUACAAAGUCCAGCAAGCCCAGGAGAUGGUACAGGAGAUUCUGAGGGAGAGAGACCACGGUGGCUUCAGUGAAAGAAAUGACUUCGGUUCCCGAAUGGGGGGAGGCAUGGAUAUCCCCGUACAGAGACACUCAGUCGGUGUGGUCAUCGGGCGAAACGGAGAGAUGAUCAAGAAAAUCCAGAAUGAUGCUGGAGUUAGGAUACAGUUCAAACAAGAUGACGGGACUGGUCCAGAUAAGAUCGCCCACAUCAGUGGUCCUCCUGAACGCUGCGAGCACGCUGCCCAGAUCAUCAAUGACCUGCUGCAGAGCAUCAGGGUCAGGGAGGAAGGACAGGGGGGUCCCCCAGGUCCUCCAGGCAUGCCUGCAGGCAACAGGGGCCGAGGUGGGGGACAAGGCAGCUGGGGGCCCCCUGGAGGGGAAAUGACUUUCUCUAUUCCUGCCCACAAGUGCGGACUUGUGAUUGGCCGGGGAGGAGAGAACGUCAAGUCCAUCAACCAGCAGACGGGGGCCUUUGUGGAAAUCUCUCGACAGCCACCUCCCAACGGAGACCCCAACUUCAAGCUGUUUAUCAUUCGGGGCUCACCGCAACAGAUCGACCAUGCCAAGCAGCUCAUUGAGGAGAAGAUUGAGGGUCCUCUGUGUCCUGUGGGCCCGGGGCCAGGUGGACCAGGUCCUGCUGGUCCAAUGGGUCCCUACAACCCCAACCCAUACAACCCCGGACCGCCUGGGGCACCUGGACCACCACACGGUGGUCCUCCAGGUCCUCACCAGUACACCCCUCAGGGCUGGAGCAACACCUACCAGCAGUGGCAACCCCAGGCACCCCACGACCCCAGCAAGGCAGCAGCCAAUGAUCCCAACGCAGCCUGGGCCGCCUACUAUGCUCAGUACUACCAGCAGCCGUCGGGGGCUGUGCCAGCCCAGUACCCUGCUAACCCACCUGGAGGUGCCCAAGCAUCAGGGGACCAGACUCAGCCUGCACAGACGCCGGGGGGCCAGCCGGACUACACCAAGGCCUGGGAGGAGUACUACAAGAAGAUGGCCCAGGCAGGUGGCUCUGUCCCCGGGACAGCACCUGCAGCCCCAGGAGCAGCCGGGGGCGCAUCAUCAACGACAGGGGGUCAGCCGGACUACAGCGCAGCCUGGGCGGAGUACUACAGACAGCAGGCUGCGUACUAUGGACAGACAGGACAGGCUCCCGGCCAGCCAGCCACUCCCCAGCAGGGACAGACGCAGUGAGAGUUCAUGGCAGAAGGUCUCAGGAGAGAAUCCAGGAUGAAGAAGGUGACCCUGAACUUCAGGCCAGGAUUUAGUCUGAUUUAUUUUUUUUUUUUCUUCUUCUUUUUAAUUUCCUGUGAGGUGAAUGAAAGCUGUCCUCAACACCACCUGGAUACUUUUUAAUAAAAAUGUGAACUGAACAAACGUUCUAGUGCUUUGCUGCUGAGGGGAGGGAGAAGACUGAUUAUCCCGCCAUGACAGGUAAACAGCUUCUCGAUGCCUCUACAUAACAUUUAUAUACGCCAUUAUAAACAUGGAAGCCUCGAAACGCUUUCUGAAUUGUGGAGGAGUUGCCAAUAAAUCUAUCUCAUCUUCCUUUUAUUAACUUCCUCAGACUUCUAAAUCCCAUUUUUGAAGCUCCUCAUACCCCUGUGUUAUAUUUACUGAACAGCGCAUAGCUAUUAGGACUAUAAUCAUGUUGUGUAUGUGGUACAGGUAAUAAUAAUACGUCAGAGGAAUCCUUUUUGAAGCUCAUUUGAUUUGCUCAGUGUUUUGAUUUUUUCUUUUUUAUAAAUUGUCACAUUUCCCUCAGCCGAGGCUUGCAUGGUGUUUCAACUUGUGUACACUGGGAUUGUUUUUCUUUUUGCUCAUGAAUGUGUUCACUCGCAGCGUUUUGUAAGAGUGAGAGUUUUUCUACAGUGUUGAUUCAUGCAUGUGGGCUGACUAACUACUGCUGAGAGCUGCUAGAGGUAGAUGAUACGACACUCAAAAGUAAGGCACCCAAUGAAGAGCAGGACCGCCCUUCAGCUGCACAACAGUGUCAGGUUUUGGACUCAGAUAUUCACAAAAGAGUUCAAAGGUCUCUGUUAAAGUGGAAACAGACAACUUUUUCCCCCCAGUGUUUUUAAGUGGUAUUAUUGUUAGCGCUGCGGUCGCAAAGACAACCAGAUCACAGCCUUUUUUAGAGGGUUUGUUACUUAUUGACAGGGUGGAACCAUGCCACAAGUAAGUCUCAAGUAUUUGCAGCCAAGUCCCAAAUCGAGACAGGUAACCUUUUUUGAGUCCCUGACAAGUCAUAAUGUGCUCUUCACCAAAUGUAUUGCCAUUUUAACAAGAGAGUUAUUAUAAAUAAAAGGUAUACUAUGCAGGAUUUUCCUUAAACAAAACAAUGUGUAGACUCUUAGGGAGGUAAUCCGUAUCAUCACUUAUGACCCAUUAGAAGUGUGUGGAGGUGUGUUUUUCUGCAGAGACUCUGCCCUCUGCCUGUAUUUUCUUAUUUCAGUAAGGAACACUUUAGUCAAAUAAAAUUUUAUUUCCAUUUGCAGUAUUAUAUUUGGUGAUAUGGCUCUGUUCUGGGGCCUCUCUGCCCUUCCUUGGGGCCUAUGCAGAAAGCAAGGCAGAGAGAGCAUACCUCUCCGCCCUUCCACAUGAGGAAACAAGGAAAGCCUAAGGCGGAGAGCAGACCUCCCUGCCCUUCCAUGCGCCUACAUGGAGAGCCUAAGGCAGGGAGAGCAGCAGCAAAGCCCCGUGGGAACAGAACAGAGCCAACAUCAAUGACAGGCAGAAUUGACAUUGCUAAGUCAGACACAACAUGAAAAGGAAGAGCUGGGGUGGAGACAGAUUGCAAAGCAGCUUGCAGAGGAAGUAGCAACAGUAGCAGGCAGGUGUAUGGGACAUUGAUGAGCGUGUUCCCCCCAGCACUCAUGUAAGGCCAGGGCUUCAUUAGAAGAUCCAGAUUGUAAGCAGUAGGCAUCCAAGAGACAAAGUGCGGAUAAAAUUGUAAAUAUAGUGAGGCUGAGGUUGACUUGUACUUCAGCUGGUGAGCAUGUUUAUAUACAGUAAUUGUCAACCCUGCAUAGUAUAUCUUUACAUUUACAAAAGUCAUGAAAGCUUUUUGAAAUUUGCACUUACUUGUUAAAACAAGUUUGUUGGAAGUUGUGUCUCCAUCUGGGCACAUUUCACAUACUACAGGUUGUUUUUUCUUGACCAGCACAUAGUUUUUGUGCGUACACAGAUUUGUCUUUAUCGUAUUUUCCACCUGGCACUCAGUAAAGUUACAUUUAUUCUUCUGCAACUUGACUCGAUGUUGUCAAACUGAUUCAAACAAAGUGGAUCUGGGGAAUCAAGUGUUGACUCGGUGGUUACAAAUUGCAUUAAUGGUAUCUGACUCAGGAAAUGAAGGGAAAUAAUUGAUUUGUGUUACACUUCUAAAUAACUUGCUUUUAAUCUUUGGGCUCGGGGGAAGGUGUCAAGUAUUUCUAAGGCUAAGGACUGAAGUCCAUUCAAAGUCAGGAGUCAUUGGAAUUGAAGUCCAAGUUGAGUUGCAUGUCUUUUUUGGAUUUUGUCAAGACUACCGUCAUGUCUAGAGUCCAAGUCACGUGGCUUGAGUCCACCUUGACAUCGGUUCCUCUCAUCCUGCAGCUGUCCAUUGAGUCUUUCUGCCAGAGAUUUGCUCAUUUUACCUCGGCUUUUAUCUCUCCUUCUUCGCCUUCUUUGCCUUCUCUGUCAACAGGUCUCUUUUUCUUUUGACACGUAGAGUUUCCACAGUUA